CUUCAAACUUUCCCAGCAAGCCCCGCGAGAGCGCGGGCUAUUGAUUGGCCGCGGCGCGAGCAGGCGGCUCUGCCGGCAGCAGUUACCCAGGGUUUCCGGUGCGAGGCCAGAGCAGGAGAAGCCGUCGGGACGUCGGCGUUGGGGUUCUGCUCAUAACCUAACGUUGCAAACAACAAUGAAGAACCAAGACAAAAAGAAUGGGGCUGCCAAGCAAUCUGGCCACACUUCCAACCCCAAAAACACCCCGGGGCAACCGGAAGCAGGACCAGAGGGAGGCCAGGGGCGGCCCAGCCAGUCUGCUCCCACGACAGAAGCUGAAGGUUCCACCAGCCAGGCUCCAGGGAAGGCUGAGGGAGCACAAGCCAAAACUGGGGCCCUCCGUGAUGUCUCAGAGGAGUUGAGCCGCCAAUUGGAAGACAUCCUCAGUACAUACUGUGUAGACAACAAUCAGGGGGGCCCAGGUGAAGAUGGGGCACAGGGUGAGCCUGGUGAACCUGAAGAUGCAGAGAAGUCCCGGACCUAUGCCUCAAGGAAUGGGGAGCCUGAGCCAGAGACCCCAGUAGUCAAUGGUGAGAAGGAGCCCUCCAAGGGGGAGCCGGGCGCAGACGAGAUCCGGGCAAGUGACGAGGUUGUAGACCGAGACCACCGAAGGCCCCAGGAAAAGAAGAAAGCCAAAGGUCUAGGAAAGGAGAUCACAUUACUGAUGCAGACCUUGAACACGCUGAGUACCCCAGAGGAGAAGCUCGCGGCUCUGUGCAAGAAGUAUGCUGAACUGCUGGAGGAGCACCGGAACUCCCAGAAGCAGAUGAAGCUCCUGCAGAAGAAGCAGAGCCAGCUGGUGCAGGAGAAGGACCACCUGCGCGGCGAGCACAGCAAGGCUGUCCUGGCCCGCAGCAAGCUGGAGAGCCUGUGCCGCGAGCUGCAGCGCCACAACCGCUCCCUCAAGGAAGAAGGUGUGCAGCGGGCCCGAGAGGAGGAGGAGAAACGCAAGGAGGUGACCUCGCACUUCCAGGUGACACUGAAUGACAUCCAGCUGCAGAUGGAACAGCACAAUGAGCGCAACUCCAAGCUGCGCCAGGAGAAUGUGGAGCUGGCAGAGAGGCUCAAGAAGCUGAUUGAGCAGUAUGAGCUGCGGGAGGAGCAUAUCGAUAAAGUCUUCAAACACAAGGACCUACAGCAACAACUGGUGGAUGCCAAGCUCCAGCAGGCCCAGGAGAUGCUGAAGGAGGCAGAGGAGAGGCACCAGCGGGAGAAGGAUUUUCUCCUCAAAGAGGCUGUGGAGUCCCAGAGGAUGUGCGAACUGAUGAAACAACAGGAGACCCACCUGAAGCAGCAGCUUGCCCUGUACACGGAGAAGUUUGAAGAGUUCCAGAACACUCUUUCCAAAAGCAGUGAGGUGUUCACCACAUUCAAACAGGAGAUGGAAAAGAUGACUAAGAAGAUCAAGAAGCUGGAGAAAGAAACCACCAUGUACCGGUCCCGGUGGGAGAGCAGCAACAAGGCCCUACUUGAGAUGGCGGAGGAGAAAACACUGCGGGACAAAGAGCUGGAGGGGCUGCAGGUAAAAAUCCAGCGGCUGGAGAAGCUGUGCCGGGCGCUGCAGUCAGAGCGCAAUGACCUGAACAAGAGGGUGCAGGACCUGAGUGCUGGAGGCCAGGGCCCCCUCACUGACGGGGGCUCUGAGCAAAGGCAAGAGGCUGCCAAUGCCUCCAAGGAACAGGGUGGUGAGGGGCCCAGGGUCCUAGCACCUAGCUCCCCAAGGGCCACCGAAGCGCCUUGCUGCCCUGGAGCAUCAAGCACGGAAGCAUCAGGCCAAAUGGGGCCCCAGGAGCCCGCCCCCGCCACCGCCUAGGGAGCCUGCACAGGGAAGGGAGCGAGCAGCCCAGCCAGGCCUGGCCCAUGCAAGGCUCCCACCACUGAGACCCAGGGUGCUCUGACCUGGCUGGCAUCAGACUCUGCAGUUUGGGAUUUUAUGGGUCAGUUUUGCAUACAUAUGGCAUGUGUGCAAGGCCUCAUACAUUUAUAUCUGUAAGUGUAAACUGGGCUUGCACUGGAGGUGGGAAUGUGUACAGAUGAAGUCAGUGGCUCUUCCGUGAGCUGAAGAGUCUUAGAGCUGUCAUCUGUGGCUGCUGUCACAGUGAGCUGGCAGGACAAGUGACUUGAGCAUUUCCCUGCCCUAUUUGAGACUCAGCCCCUUCCUCCCUGCCUUUCAGGACUCGUGACAGAUGAAAUGCCCAGGCCCUGACUGUCUUUCUCCUGUUAGCGGGACUUGGGCAGCUCAGGCUCUCCUAGCCCCCCUGGGAGGAGCUCCCUUGCUUCUCUUGACCCGGAAGAGGGGUCACCGGGCAGAGCGUUGACAGGGUACUCAGCUGGCAAUGGAACUGCUUUCCUGCCUAGGACAAGGGACCUGGAGAAUGUUCUGUGCAGGAUGAUGUGCUGGUAGGGAGCUCCUCAGGCACCGCUUCCCCUGCCCCCUGGUCUUUCUAGGACCAGGCCAAUGAUGCUUCGCAGUAGCCUUAUCAUUCACAGGUGCCUCUCUAGCCUGCACAAAUGAUUGAUGAGAGAUCACCCAAAGGAUUCUUUCUGAAGGUUUUUGGGUUUGGUUUUGUUUCCUUGUUUUUGUUUUUUGUUUUCUUUGUUUUUGUUUUGCACAUGACAGUGUUUGUAACGGAAUUUUCUGAGGAAGAAGGGGUGCUGUAGCAGUGGUGCCGGGGUUCCUGGCCUCCAGCACCCUACCACCUCACCACCCCACCUGGCACUUUGCUGUGUUUUGGUGCUGAGGUUUCCUGCUUAAUGAAGUCAGGUUGUUUAUAGUAACAGAAAGGAAAAGGCUUCUGAUGGCUUCACCACAAGCUUACCUAUGGUUUCCGUCCUGGGAGGGUCACUGCUGAUGCUAUCACACUAUCUCCAUGUAGCAGUGGCUGGGCCCCAGGUCCAUCUGUCCCCUUGGCUUCUUGAGUCUGUUUCUGCUUCCUUUACCCCCACCCACAGUGUGCAGUCUUUGAGAUUUGCCCUGAGUCUGUUGCCGAAGUAAUAAGCGCUGGCAUCCCACUUCUUCCUGUGUGGGAGCCCCCAGCUCUCUUCUACAGGUAAUGAUGAGAAUGAGACUCAAUCAUUGCCUAAGCCUCAGAAAUCCACCAAGUGGCUGCAGGUAUUUGGGUCUGCUUCUUCUCUCCCCCUCCCCUACCCCUCAUACUUGCUAGUCUAUCCUCUGAGAGUUCUGCUGGUUGCAAACUUGCUAGUCUUUGUACAGAACAGAUUUCAGAACAGCAGAAUGAGUCUCCGGUCAGGAAGCAGGGCUCCGCUGGGUUUGGGCUACUGUAAGCUCAUGUCCACUGGGCCUCAGUUUCCAUGUAGCUGAGGGAGCCACAGACCCAGAUGGAUCAGAUGGUUGAGUUUUUGCUUCUCGCUAUGUUUCCUUGAAGUUAAUUCUUUCUUACAGGUCCUUUCAUCUUCCACAAACAGCCCACUCUUUCUGCCCUUAAUUUAAAUCCCUCAGAUAAUUAGGUUCAUGAAGAGUGUGACAUACUCCUGAAUUAUGUUAGGACUUAGACCAGAGAUGGCAAAUGAAUGGCACAUCAUUUCCUCUCUUCCCCCAUGGUAGGUACCACUGAUUUGCUUCAGAGUAUUUCCUGCUCAAUCCCUGGUAUAUCCUCAUUUCUCAAGAUCCCCCCAGCAGCCCGUGUCAGUGUUGACAUCCCUAUUUGCCAGCCCUGGCUGAGAUCCUACUCUGCUGAGGAACAGAAGAACUGCCUGCCCCAUUCAGGGUUUGCUGGGCCAAGAAAGCACAGGGAAGAGGCAGAAGUUCCUGCCUGCGCCCUUCAGGGAGAGCAGGAAGGCCUGCAGUGGCCCACAUGAUUGCCCGCCUCACUUCAGCUACCUCGUAAAGCCCAUGGUUUUGGCGGGGAGGGGCUGUUGGAGCCCAGCGCGAGGGUGGGGAAUCAGCCGCAAGGCGCAGUAGCUCUUUGAAAGCAAGCCUAGCUGCUGUGGAGCUGCAGUGAGCGAGGUAGAAGCUCUGCUCUCAGCUCCAGCCGUCUGCCUGUAGGCAUCCAAGCCAGACUGUAGGUGGGGGUCCCAUCCUUCCUCUCCAUUGACCAAAUCAUCAAUCACUACAGCUGCUCUGCUUGCUCUGCUUUCCAAAGUCAGCCCAGGUUCCUGGGUGCUGCCCACACCAGCCAGGAUCCUGGGCCAGAUGAAAGGGAGGUGGCCUGUCCAUGGAUGAAGGCCAGUUCCUUCCUCACUGGGCAGGUCUUAGGCACGUGACCUCAGUUUUAGGACCAAGAGCUGUGUUGGUUUCUUAGGUUGCUAGCUUUUCCUCCAGGGGACCACUGCAAGUGAGGCUCUGCUGACAGUUUGUAUUCAGGGUCUUGUCCAGCUGAGCAUAGCGCUUCAUGCACACCAGAUUCUGAGAGGUGUCAGCAGCACUUUUUAAUAUUUGUUUUCCAUGAGGUUUUUGGACCAUGGGCUGAGCUCAGGCACUUUCUGUAAGAGAAUGUUACGUCUGUAAAGAUGGUUAUUUUUCCUCCUCCACCCCCAUCGUGGUGGCCCUGCAGAGGGCUGAACAAAAGGCCAGUGGAGCUGCCCUGGUGUCCAUGGGGGAGGGCCGAGGCCUGCUGAGUUGGUUCUCCAGCCGCUGCUCUAGCCCUCCCACCUUGCACAGCGCAGAGGAGCUCACCCCGGGGACAGCCAGGCACCUGCCUGGGGGAGGGGUGCUGCCUUCUGUCCCUGUAACUGCUUCCCUUAUGGCCCAGCCUGGCCGUCCAGAUUUGUUUGAAGCUGUGCUGACAGCAUUUUUGUCUCCUUUUGGUAUUCACAACAGCCAGGGACUUGAUUUUGAUGUAUUUUAAAACCACAUUAAAUAAAGAGUCUGUUGCCUUA